UGCACGAUUUUGAGAUGUAAAUUACACAUAAUAUGAAUCAUGAUAUAUAUUUUUUAGACCAUCUUAAUCAAGAAAUUAUAAUAUAUAUUAGACGUGGUUUAUUAGAAACUGCAAAAAUUCUUCAUAAUUUAUCACCAACAGUACUUGGACAUUUGAUUAGUAAUAUUUACAUUAAAUAAGAAAUUAAAAUUUUUUAAAUGAAGUGAAAAAUAAGAAUUUGAAAUAAUAUUUUGAUUCUUUUCACAGUGGUUUUAAAACCAGUUAUUUAUAUGGAAACCGAUGUAAUUUAUAAAUAUCGUGAAGAAGGUGAUUGCAUGUACUUCAUAGCUAGUGGAACAGUUGCAUUAAUUACUUUUUGGGGUAAAGAAAUCUGCCAUCUUGAAAAUGGCGAUCAUUUUGGUGCAGAAGUUUUAAUCAAUUCUCAAAAGCGAAGAACUGAAUCUGUUUUAGCUUUAGAAGUUUGUGAACUUUUGCGUUUUAAUCGUCAAGAUUUUAAACGUCUUGUUUUUCACGGGUCUGAAUUAUUCAUGAGAAUUGAAAAUGAUAUAAUAAAAAGGCAUAAAUUAAUCGAAGAAUUGGAAAAGCUGCAUGAAGAAUCUGAAAAACAAAAGAAUGAAUUAAAAAAAUAAAAUAGAUACAGUUAAUUAAAACAUCAAA